AUGCCCGAGCUCUCCGGAGGGGCCCGUGGGGCUCCAGCGGGUGGAAGACCGCGUCUAGCGCCUCUGCUCGCGGACACCCAAGUCACUUGCGGAGCCCGUAAGGCCGGGCCCGGGACACGGAGCCGGAGGUGCUGGCCGGGGCGAGGCGGAGCGAACCCGCCGCCUCCCGCAGCCCCCGCCGCAGCGCCCCGCCCGUCGCCGCCCGCGGCUCACCUGCGCCCCCGCGCGCCGGGCGCGGACAGCAGGCCCCCCGCCCGGCCCGCCGCUCCCGCCGCACUCACCGCUCACUGGCGCGACUGCCCCCGGGGCCGGGGCCGGGGCGGGGGCGGCGGCAGGGGCCGGGGCCGGGGCUCGGGGCUCGCCCGGCGCAUGGGCUCCGUCCGCGGCGGGUGCGGCUCCGGCGGCGGGCGGCGGACACUCGACCCGGCCGCGCGCGCCCCGCCCCACGCCCGUCCGUCAGCCCGGCGCGGCCUGCGAUUGGCCGAGCGCGCCGGGCGCCGCCUCGCCCCGCCCCGGUUGGCCGAGAGGCCCGCCCGUCAGAGCCCCGGCCGGGCGGGGCUUCCGGGAGCCGCUCCGAGGGCGGUGCCGGCUCCGGCGGCAGGCGCGGGCCGCGGCCUGCGGGGCUGGCUGCUCGGAGCAUGGGGCCCUGGCGGGGUGGCGUCCCCGAGGGAGGCCCGGGCUUUCCCGGGAGCAGGCGGGCCUCGUGGGGAGAUAGAGACCUCGUGGCUAGGCGAGUCUGCGGCCGGGUGUGAACUGGGGCGGGGCCCUGCUCCCGGAGCCCCGCGCUGGACCCCGGGCACCUCCGCCGGGCACCGCUGCGCCUACCCCGCCCCCGGCCCUGGUCCGCGCCGCCCCCCGCAGGACCCGGAAAGGAGGCGACAGCCCGAGGGCUGACUCUCAGGGACGCAGGAGCCCGCGUCGUCAGCCCCGCGGAUGCCCCGGACCUGAGGCCGCAGAAGGGCGGAGGGGCUGCCCAGACAAGGGAAAGAACGGUGCGUCUCACGUGAGCCCAGACCUUUGCCCCUCCGGCACUAGGUGGCAACCCCACCCUCCGCGCCUCUCGGCCCCCUCCCGCCCCUGCUCUGCGCAGUUCCCGGGAGCUCAUCCCGCUGCUGGCCUCGACCCCGACGGGCCCCUGGGGGCCGCUCCCGCCUCCAGCACGG